AUGCUCCGCACUCUCGUCUUGGCCUCUUUGGCUAUACUCUCCACUGGCUACCCUCGUGUUGUUUCAGAUGAAGAAGAUAUUGAGAUUGCCUUGAGCCAUAUCAAUGAGGCACGCCGGGCAGGUGGAUACAAUGAUCUUACCUGGGAUGAACCUCUCGAAAAAGCCGCUCAAUCUUGGGCCGACAAGAUUGCUAAUGGAGAAGUACCCUUCAGUUAUCGCCCAGCUCGGUAUCCGAUAUCAGGCCAAGCCAUAUAUGAGGAAGAAACAGCGACUGAUUGCGUGGGGCAAUCGUUCGAAGCUACUCUCCAAAGCGCAGCAGGAGCUUGGCUUCGCAAAUGGGAACCAAAGUUCGGCAAAAAACCCAACACCAAUUAUGAUGCAUGCAUGAAAUCCAACGCAGUAUAUGUGGGGUGUGGAAAAUCUCAUUGUGAUUUCGCCAUUAGUGGAGGAAAGAAGUGCACCUUUUACGACGUGUGCUUUUUUGCCUAUUCUUGGCCACCAUCAUCAUCACCAUCAUCAUCACCACCGGAGCCGACACAGAAACCCACACAAGAGCCCACACAAAGACCAUCAGGCCAGCACUGGGGUCACACUAUAUACAUUCCAACACCUGUCAAAUACACCCCUAUCAAGGACUCAGAGGAUGAGGCCAUGCUUGAAUUCCCUGACCAAGAAGAAUAA